AUCCAAAGAUGAGCGAGUCAAGUUCAGAUAUGUUGAGCUAGAGGCGAUGAAAUGAGCUCCCAACUCAUUAUAUACGAAAAUGUCAUAUUGUUAAUGCGAAAAUGUCACAUUCCAUAGCAGUCGUCAUUCUCGGGUGAAACAUGUGCGCAACAACUGAGGGAGAGAGACUUGAUCCGUUUUGUGAGUUCCCCUCUUUCCACCAUUCAUCGCUUCAUGGGACGGUGUGAGAACCCGAACGUACUAUGAUCCCUAUUGUCCCCACACAAUGACAUACUUCCAAGUUCAACUUGGAAGUUCCAAGCGAUUAUAGUCCACUUACUCAACCCAGGUCUUCCUGGGGAAGUUGAAAUGCUGUUUGAGCAUCCAUUUCAAAUUGGUAAUUUUGAUGCAAGGGUUCUUCAUUUUGCUCUACAAUUAAUUGAGGGAAAGGAGGGAGGAACCUUGGCUAUGGAAACUUUCCUUCCCUUCCCCUCAACCGUCUCCGACAUCCCCACACUUCUGCGGAGGAACCCUCUUUCUCUCUCAUGCAGUUACAGACCAAAACGGGAAAGAGAAGGUACAUAAAAGAACCCAAAAAGCAAGCACCUUUACUGUGGGUGGAUAUUACAAAAUAUGGUUGGGGAUGCCCCCUCUUUUGCAAGGAUAGCCACUGUAGCAUUGGCCUCUGUCCAUGUGAUGGAAACAUAUUUGUAGGAAGCCGCUAAGCUCGAUGACUUCUUCCAAAAUCUGCUCCAAACUCCAGGGAAAAGUGGACAUCCUGUUUGACCAAUUCAUAACAUUCUUGGAGUCUCUCUCAACUGCCAAUGGAGAGCCCCAUGACUGAUCAAACAGCUUGAGCUCUGCAAGGAGGAACUUCGCAUCAGUUGCAGUCGAUGCUGCAUUGCUCGACGGCCCUAAAAAAACAAUAAUGUGGCAGCUAUGCUAUUCCUUAAGAUAUUGCCAAUGCCUGCCCUUCCCGAAUUGCCACAGGACCACUCAUUGAAGAUAUUUCCUGGUUAGUGGUGCAAUCCGAUACACAGAUCUUGCAAUUGACAUGGGAGUGGUUCUAGAGACAGUAUACUUGUUUGGUAGAAAGUUUAAGGUCAAGGAUGUAAAUUAUCGACCUCCUGGAACCCAGCACAACCUUUUAAAUGAAGUUAGUCUCUCUCUGCCAGAGAAAAGCUUGGGCUUGAUCUAUGGAAGGAGUGGAAGUGGAAAAACUACGCACUUGCAGAUCCUUGCUGGAUUGUCUAAGCCCACCUCUGGUUUCAUUUGUACUCAGAAAUAUGGGAAUGAUGGGCAGCCAAACCAACCCCCUGAAACAUUAUCAUCAAAAAAGGUUGGCAUUGUUUUCCAGUUCUCUGAGAGGUACUUCUUAACUGAUACCGUGCUUGAAGACGUCAUUUUUGGUUGGCCAAAGCACAGUGGGGGCUUACCGCUGAGACAACAACUAGCUUCAAGGCUUCAAACUGCUAUUCAUUCAGUACGCAUGCCAGAUUUAUUGCUGCUAGAUGAGCCCCUUGCUGGUCUUGGUAAUAAGGAGGACAUGGGAGAAUUCUGUGGGAGUUAAAGUUUGUUGAAGGAGUCCUUCCAGUCCGCUAUUGGGCCUACCAUUAUUUCGUGGACAUCUGAGGCACAAUUAUUGCCAUUGUCUGGUGGGUAAGGUGUUCGCUAAGAUUGGGUCAUGGCGGCUUUUAUGCCUCUUAUAUGCUGGUCGACUUCAGUUCCUUAAGCCUGUACUCGGAGCAUCAACGGUUUUCUAGUUGAUAUCUUUCAUUCUCAACAUGUAAUAUGAUAGAGAAACUACAAAGGAACUUCUUAUGGGCCGGUGAAGCAGAGAAAAAAGGUGUUCAUCUUAUAAAAUGGAAAGCAGUGUGUCUCACUAUGGCUGAAGGAGGUCUCGGGGUAAGGGAAAUGGCAGAUUUCAAUAUCGUAGGAAUGGUGAAGUUUGCAUGGAGGAUUUUGGAAAAUCCGUCCUCGUUGUAAGCACGGUUCUUCAAACAUUGAUAUUUUAGAAAUUCCUCUAUAUGGGAGGCUGAAGGAAGAAGAAGAUGUUCUAAUGCAUGAAAGGGGAUUUUACUUGGCUUAUUUCACUUGCAAGGAAAUGUACAGUGGAAUAUUGGUGAUGGUCAGAUGGUGGAUUUCUGGGUGGAUCCAUGGUUAGCAGGUAAGUUACUUUUAGAUUUGCAUGAUAAUGACAUCCAAGAGGAUUUGGCGGCCACUGCAGGGAGGGUUUCAGACUUUAUCAGAGGUUCACCCCAGUCUUGGGUUCUGCCACAUCCCACAUUUGAGUUUUUGAGAAAUAUAUGGAGGGAGGUUGAGAAUUGUACUCUUCCUCUACAGCCCAAAAGGGAUUCACUGGUCUGGAUUCACUCUUUUGAUGGCUUAUUUUCUAUUAAAGGGGCAUGGGAUUUACUUACGCAUCAAGGUUCAUCAAUUGCUUUCCAAUACAGAUAGAAAGUGAUUCGACCUUGCAUGUGAAUCUCAUUCAGAAUCGAUGCAGUGCUCCAUGGCGGCUAAUGACCAUUGCAGAUAAUUGCUGCACCAAACUUUCUUCUCAUUGAUGGUCUAUUACACAUGUUUUUUGGGAGGCAAACAUGGUUGCUGAUGUUCUCGCUAAGUGGGCAUCUGCUAGCCCCGGUGCUAUUGUGUGGCGCCAGUGACCACCAGAUUUUCUUUUCUCUCUUUUAUUAUAUGAUCUGGCGCAAUUGCCAUACUAUAGGGUUGUACGUUUUUUUUAUUUUUCUUUGCUCUUUGAUUAAUGGAAAACGGGUAGGGGGCCUUCUACCCCACUGACUUACCCAAAAAAAAAUUAUAUGAGUAAGGAACUUAGGGCAAGGAGGGUUUUAUUUUGGGGUUUGCUCCAGGAACUGUUCACCAUAAGUCGGUUAACCACUGGAUAAAGAGGGAGUGUUGACCUUAGGUUCAGUUAGACUCUGCCUUGAACUUCCUUUUGGGUGCGCUUACGCCUAGAAAGAUCUGGAUUAUCCAAUGGCCCACUGUGCCAGUUCUCACUGUAAAUCUAUUGUCUGUGGUACUGUUUUACAGGGUAGUAGAAAACAUGGAACUUACUUGAGCUGGUUCUUAACAAUGGGAUAUCGAAUUUCAGAUAAAUUUCGAACACUCAAAAAACUUUUGAGUCUAGUUUAUCGAGUCAAGAUUUCAAGUCAAAACAUUUUGUAUUUUGUGAGAUAUUCAUUGAUAAGUGAGUGCUUUUUUUUGGGUAAGUCAGUGGGGGAGACAGCCCCCUACUCGUUUUUCCAUUAAUAAAAGAGCAGAGAAAAACAAUUAACGUACAAUCGUAUAGUAGGGCAAUUGCGUCAGAUCUUGUAAUAAAAGAAAGAAAAGAAAAUCUAGUGGUCUAUGGUGCCACACAGUAGCACCAGGGCUAGCAGAUGCUCUCAUAGCGAGGGCAUCUACAACUAUGUUUACCCCCCGAAAAACAUGUGCAAUGGACUAUCGAUGAGAAGAAGGUCUGGUACAAUAAUUAUCUGCUAUCGUCUUUAGCCUCCAUGGAGCACGGCAUUGAUUUUGAGUGACAUUCACAAGCAUGGCCGAAUCACUUUCUAUCUGUAUUAGAAAGCAAUUCUUUUGAUGAGCCAACUGAACUCCUUCUUCAAGUGCCAAGAAUUCUGCAUGGUUAUUAGAAGCAAUACCAAAAUGCUUUGCAAACGUAGCAAUAAAACCACCCUCUCUAUUCCUGAUGACUCCACCACCACCUGCUAAACUUGGAUUUCUCAAGAAAGCACCAUCAAUAUUAAGCUUGUAAUUUUGAGCCUCAGGAAAUGACCACGCCACCGGAAUAAGGUAUUCUGACCUCUGUUGAUACCAAGUUAUCUGAAGAUUACUAAUUAAGGCCUUUUCUGAUAAAUGGAAAGAUCAUUUUAACUUCUGCUUGUGCCUGAACAUGUAACGUAAUUCGUUUUACAAUAAGCUCUCUCUUGGUGGGUCUUGAGUAUCUUUCGGUUGCGCAGUAAAAAAGAUGGAAGACCAAAUAUUACGAAGUCCAUGUGAUUUAAACCUGAAAAAUAACCACCACCUCAGUAAAUCAGAGACAAAAGUACUGAGGACAAACCAUUUCCACAUCUCCAAGCUAAUGAUCUCCAUAAACCCUGCGCAAAAGCACAUUGGAAUAAUAGAUGGAAAAGGCUGUUAUCAUGGUUUCUACAAAAGGGACAUAAAGAGUUCAGCUGUAUACCCCACUGUUGCAAUAAAAAUGAGGAGGGCAAUUGAUUAUGCAAGGCCAACCAUGAGAACCAUUUCGCCCGUGGGUGGCAUUUAGAAGACCAGAGUGCACAAAAAAUAGGCUGUGAUGAACCUUGAUGCCUGAUAAAAUCCCAUGCCCCUUUAAUAGAAAAUAGGCUAUUAGCAGAGUAAAUCCAUACUAGUGAAUCCUUUAUGGGCCGUAGAGGAAGAGUAUAAUUCUCCACCAACCUCCAUAUAUUUUUCAAAAAAUCAAAUGUGGGAGGUGACGAAACCCAAGACUAAGGUGCACCGCCAAUAAAGUCUUAAACCUUCCUCCCUGUAGCAGCCCCCAAAUCCUCCUGAAUGUCAUUAUCAUGCAAAUCUAAAAGUGACUGACCUGCUAAUCAUGGAUUCACCCAGAAAUUCACCAUCUGACCAUUACCAAUAUUUCACUGUAAUUGCCUUUCAAGUGCAAUAAGCCAAGUAAAAUCCCCUUCCAUGCAUGAGAACAUCAUCUUCUUCCUUCAGCCUCCCAUAUAGAGAAAUUUCUAAAAUAUCGAUGUUUGAAGAAUCGUGCCAACAACGAGGAUGGAUUUUCCACAAUCCUCCAUGCCAACUUCAUCAUUCUUGCGAUAUUGAAAUCCGCCAUUUCCCUUAUCCUGAGACCUCCUUCAGCUCGAGUUAGACACACUGUUCUCCAUUUUAUAAGAUGAACACCUUUUUUCUCUGCUUCACCGGCCCAUAAGAAGUUCCUCUGUAAUGUCUCUAUCAUAUUACAUGUUUUCUUCGGGAGAAUGAAAGAUAACAGCCAGAAAACCGCUGAUGCUACGAGUACAGAGUUAAGCAACUGAAGUCAACCUGCAUAUGAGAGACAUAAAGGCUACCAUGACCCAAUCUUAUCGAAUACCUUACCCACCAGACUAUGGCAAUAACUGUGCCUCAGAUAUCCACGAAAUAAUGGUAGGCCCAAAUAGCGGACGGGAAGGACUCCUUCACCAAACUUUAACCCCCUCAAAAUUCUCGCACGUCCUUCCCGCGGUGCACCAAAGAAAAAAACCUUGCUUUUAAAUGAAUUAAAAAUCUGACCAGUAAUCCUUUCAAACUUAGAAAUAAGUUCACGUAUAGCAGUGGCAGAUGAAAUGUAUGCCUCAAAAAAAUAAGCAUGUCAUCAGCAUAAAAAAGAUGAAAGACCCCAUAGUCACACCCUGAAGGAAAUGCCCUGGAACAAUGCCUUGCAACGUAGCACAAUCAAGCUGCCUACUAAAGAAAUCCACCAACAAGAAUAGGUAAGGAGAUAUACGAUCCCCUUCCCGCAAACCUCUCUUCCCUUUAAAAUAACCCUUGGGUGAGCCAUUCCUCAAAACAGAGAAGGAAGUAUUGGAAAUACAUAAGCGAACCCAUAAAACAAAUAACUCAAGAAAACACAAAACAUGCAUUCUACCCACAAUAAAAUCCCAAGAAACCCUAUCAUAGGCCUUGCUCAAAUCGAUUUGCAGACACAUUUUAGGCCUAGCUGAAUUCUUAUGGCAAAGAGACAUGAGUUCAUUUUCCAUAAGAAUAUUAUAUGUAAUAAGUUAAGGCCUACCUUUCAAAAUGCAGCCUGCCUAGGGUCGAUAAAAACAACAAGAACAACUCGUAGCCGAUUAGAAAUUAUUUUGCUGAUGAUUUUGUACAAGACAUUACACAACCCUAAAGGUCAAAAGUCUUUCAUCACCCUAGGUGCAUCCACUGUAGGAAUCAAACAUAUAAAAGUGGAUUUGAUUUGCUUGAGAAGCUUACAUUUAGUGAAGAAAUCUUUACGGGCGAGAAAAAGAUCCUUUUUAAUGACUUUCCAUCCAAACUUGUAGAAUUCCAUUGGAAACCCAUCUGGACCCGGGGCACUUUCAUUUUUCAUAUCCCAAAUGCCUGCUUUGAACUUCUCCAUAUUUACUGCGUCCACUAAUUUGUCCUUUUGAGAAUAAUUGAGAUGAAAUGGCGGCGAGAACUGAUCAACCAUAUGUAGGUCAAUAUUGCUCUCUUGAGCCAAUAAAUCUUUGAAAUAGCCAAUCUUAGGAUUUUCAAUGUCAGUCUCAGUAGACAAAAAAUUCUCAUGCUGAUCUUUCAAAGAGAUAAUUCUGUCAUUCCUCCUUCUCACCACAGUCGAUAGAUGAAAAUAUUUCGUAUUGGAGUCUCCCUCUUUUAACCUAUUUUGACAUGAUUUUUGCCUCCAGAAUCUUUCUUCAUAACCCAGAAGAGUUUGCAAUUUCUGAGUACACUCUUUUUCCUCAGACAUGAAUGUCUUAUUGGAAGGAUUCAUGUGUAAGCUAUCAUGCAAAGAUGAUAGUUGCUGUUGACUAUUGCAAUGGAUUCCCCAACAUAGCCAAACACAUCCUUGUUCCAUAAAUGAAGGUCAGCCCUUAGCCUCUUAAGUUUGGCAACAAAGUGAUACAUGGGUGUCUCCCCCAACUUGGCCUUGUUAGGAAUUAGAGAUAACAUCCAAAAAACCGUGAUGGUGCUCCUGCAUAGAGUAACAAAGUGGCUUUCGAGAAAGCUUCUAAAGGCUAGAAAGAGUUUGAAGUUUCCUUACAUGAUUUUCAAUGUGAGUUCAAAGGUAGCCAUUGUCAUCAUCACUUAAGCCUUAUCCCAAUUAUCUGGGGUCGGCCACAUGAAUCUUGUUCUUCCAUUCAUAGGUUUAGGAUUCAUGAAAAGAUGUGGAAAAGUUUUACAUUGGCUGCCUACCUAAUGCAACCCACCUCUUUUACCCGGGCUUGGGAUGGGUUAAUGGAAAGUUUAAGGUCCUCACCUUGGUUAGACCGUGAGAUCAAAGAUAGCUGGAUUUAAUAAAUUUAUAUCAAUUCUUCAAUAUAUAUAUGUCGGGAUCCAUUUCUUGAAGAUUCUUCUUAUUACAAAUAGUCUUUGAGCCAACAAAAAAGAAUGUGGUUUUGAUACUGAACUUAUCUUAGCACACUGCGAAACUCAAGGACGAGUUUUCUCCAACUUGGGAAGUCUGAUACAGGGCAAAAUUAUUCUAAUUUUUAAUUUUUAUUUAAUUCAAAGGAUGCGUAUUUCAAUUUUGACUUUGGGAUUUGUUU